AUGGAUGAGACUGGGUUUCUCAUUGGACAAAGUCAAUGCCAAUACAUCAUUGGCAAGAACCACAUGCAGGGCUGGUACCACAAUCACACUGCAGCUAAGGACUGGGUCUUUGCAACAAGCCAGAAUGGCUGGACUGACAAUGAGCUUGCACUACACUGGCUCAAGGACUGCUUUGACAAGCACACCAAGCAAAGGGCUCAAGGAAAGUAUCAGCUGCUUAUCCUUGAUGGUCAUGGCUCCCACAUCACAGCUGAGUUCAUUCAGCAAGCAUGGGACUCCUGCAUUGUCUGUCUCUGCCUUCCUCCCCAUGCAACACACCUCCUACAGCCACUUGACAUCAUGAUAUUUGGACCUUUGCAGCAAGCCUUCACCAAGGAGGUUGACAAGUUUGCUGGAGCAAAUCUUUCAAUCAGUAAGAAGGAUUUCAUCGACAUGUACAGCAAAUCACAACAGGUCAUAACAAGCACCUUAGCAUCACAAGCCUUCAGAGAUGUUGGGAUCAACUCAAAGCUCCACCCAGAGAAGGUUCUAUGGCACAUGCCCAGCUACCAUCGAGAAUCAACACCUCCAUCUUCAGCUCCUGCAGUUGAGGAGACUCCAACAACUCCUUCUACUCCAGAGGAAGCAAAGAAGAUGUUAGCACAGAUGUAUGCCAUCAUGGAUCAGGAUCAAGAAGAACAGCAGGCACUUCUGGCAAGCAAUCACUGA